AUGAAGUACAAUCUCAGUCAAAGAAAACCUGUAGUCCUUGAGUGUGGAGAUUAACUUUGCGAGAGUUGUCUCAAAUCAUUGGUGAUGCCCCAAGAUCCUGAGCAUUUUAAAUGUCCUUUUGAUGAGGAAGAACUUGACUUUCCAAAGAGAUUUUUAUAUAACAAGUAAUUAUUGAAACAGCUAGAGAAAAUAAGUGGUAACGAUGACAAAUUAUGCAUUCUUUGCGUUGUUCAUGAAGAUCGUGAGUGUGGCUUUACCUGUUCAAAAGAAAAUAAAAUGCUAUGCAGUGAUUGUUUAUUUGAUCAUUUUGAUCACAAAGAUAAGAUCACUAAAAUUGAGUGGGAUUAAGUGAGGAUUAAGCUAUAAGAAAAAUUGAAUACUAUCGAAAAAAUGCAAUAUGAUGUGAGCGUUGGAGCUAAAUGGAUUAGAGACAUUACAACCAAUGAUCUUAUCUUAAAUUCCUCUGAUUAUGAGCAAACUUAUGCUAAAAUAUCAAAAUUAACUGAUAUCAUUGAGCUUGCAUUAUCUGACAAGGAAUAAAAUAUUGAAGGCUAAAAUGACAAUAUCAAUUAAAAGAUUAAAUCAGAAUCUCCUCAGAUUCAAGUUAAAAGACAAGGAUUCUUAUCAGAAUCUCAAAUACUUAGUAAAGAUGGAGAGUUUGAUUACGUUAAAUCCUUAUUCAAAGAUUCAAAGCCCUAUUCAAAAUUGUUGUAUAGAGGAACAACAGAUGGAAUGUACUGUCAUAUUUUCCAUGCUAAAUGUGACAACAAAGGACCCACAGUAACAUUAGUAAAAAGUCAUCACGGGAAGAUUAUGGGAGGGUUUACUGAGAUAUCAUGGACAUGCCCUUCUGAGCAGAAAUUACUCUUUGACAAGAGAGCCUUUGUAUUCUCUGUUACUCAUAAAACCAAGCAUCCAGUUGCCCAGAUAGUUGGUUACUCAAUUACUCAUGAUCCUGAAUACUUGCCAGUGUUUUGUGGAGGAUUUGGAAUCAGCAGCAACUGUAAAAUUUCAAUGAGAUCAAAUAUUGGAAUAAGUAAUUUGGGAGCAAUUUACAGUUGCCCUCCAGGCAUGAAAUAUCUUGAGCCCUAGACAUAGGCUUAUCUCGGUGGCUCUUAUGAAUUUAUUGUUGAUGAGAUUGAAGUAUUCAGUGUUUAUAACUGA